AGAGAGUGCAGCUGCGGUUUGAACCAGCGAGUGUGAAUGAGGAAGUCCUGAGCUGGCAUCAUGGACAUCAGCGUGUGAAUGUGUGUUAAAGUUAUUAUCAGUCCUACUCUGUGGUUCAUAUCUGUGUCGACACCAUGAAGAUAAACGAGAACACGUUACUGGAGGGACACAGAGUCGUGUUGGUUCCUUACAAUGCAGACCACGUGCCCAGGUAUCACGCAUGGAUGAAGUCUCCUGAGCUGCAGCAGCUGACCGCCUCUGAGCCGCUGACCUUGGAGCAGGAGUACGACAUGCAGAGGAGCUGGAGGGAGGAUAAUGACAAGUGCACGUUCAUCAUCCUGGACAAGCAGCGGUGGGCAGAUCCCAGUGUGGAGGAGGAGCAGUGCAUGGUGGGAGAUGUCAACAUCUUUCUGACUGACCCCACAGACCCCUCCUUGGCUGAGCUGGAGAUCAUGAUAGCAGAGCCCAGUUACAGAGGGCGGGGCAUCGGGAAGGAGGUGACACACAUGAUGAUGAGCUACGGAGUCACCAAACUCGGGAUCAAAAAGUUUCAAGCGAAAAUCGGGCUGGACAACGAGGUCAGCAUCGGCAUGUUCAAGAAACUCCACUUUCAGGAGGUAAGAAGACGAGACGUAUUCUCGUGUCUGGUGUGUAAGGUGUUCAAAGAGGUGACCCUUGAGCUGACGGUGGACGACUUGGUUCGGGCGAGGCUGCUGGACGACACGACCUUUGUAAAGGAGCGAGACUACCGACAGACCUGCGGCAACAGACAGGAGCUGGUUUCACACUGAAGUAAUGUGCUCUACACACACAUCCUAAAGACUUGAGCCUGUGAAGCAGAUCAUUGUCCACAGGUUAUUUGAAAACAAGAAGAGGGAAAGCUUUUUCUUCCACUUACUCUACACCCACAAAGUUUCAUCAAAUUCCCCAUGGACAGUUUUAAUGGGAUAAGUAUGAUAAAAGCCUUUUAUUAUUAUGUGCCUGUAAAAGCCAGUUUUUAAAACAUCAGUGAUUCUUUUAAUGUCCAGACCAGCUGCUUUUCUCUGAAGCAUUUGUGGUGGUCUCUGAUGCUGAGAGCGAGAGAGGGGGGUGGGGGUGAAAAACGAAUGAUGAAUGGAGACAUCUAUCUGAUGGUUUCUGGUGGAAGUGGUUAAUUAUAUUUCCAGUUGAGUCCUCACACAACCUUUACUAUUCAUGACUGUAGAACACACAGCUCAGCACAGCUGAUUCUGUCUGCAAACAGUUUUAAAAAAUAAUUAGACAAAUUCUGCAUGUGUUAAAAUCAGGCUUUAAAAAUGUUGUCUUUAAAAUGUAAGUGCAGAAAUUGACCCUGAGCAAAACAUAAAUCAUGUAGGAAAGAAUA